AUGCCGUCGCAGGCGAACUCCUCGCUCGAGCGACGCCCGUUGCCGGCAUCUAGACCGCCUCUGUCAACAAUCCACUCGGGCGACUGGCGUGGACCAGGACAACCCGCAUAUCCGCUGCCACGGUCAUCGGACAUCUAUCAGGGCUGUGAUAGCGGUGGCAGUAUGGUGUCGCCCUACUACCGGGACCCAUACUACCCCAGCUACAUGCCGAAUGUGCCGCUCUACUACCAGCCACACCCUAUGCAGUUUGCAAACAUGGUACCUCCCCCAUCGAGAAUAGCUAGGGACAGCAACGCGGGCUUCCAAUCACCUCGGAUGGACCCACAGCCGGUUCUCUACGACAGCCCCCCGUCCAUAUCACAGCAGUCGUCCCCAUAUUCAUCCGACUCCAUGUCUCGGCCGGCAUCACCCAAGGCCAGAACAGGACCGAGAAAAACGGUUCGCAUUGAGGACGUCAGCCGCUAUGAAGACGAGAGUGACUCUUGGCAUCGCUCGUCGAGAAAAGUGUAUGUACAGAACGGUGUAUAUGAUGAUGGAGUGGAAGAAGGCGUUGACGAGUUCGACGACGGGACACCUCCAACCGUCUACUCUUUCACACCACGGCAUAUGUCGCGGGUUACCUCGUCGCAGGGAAGCUCGCAUGGCGACGACGAUUCACCCGACAAGGAGGAGGACACUGCCACCGGUAACGUCGGUAAUGGUGAUGGCGGUCCUGACGGGGCCAAAAUGGACCCAGACCUCGCUUCCAAUAUCGACAAACUAUCACACGUUUUUCAGUCGCAGUAUGUCGGCGAGUUUGUCCCGGGCGGCUGGCACAGCGCCAAGAUCACCACAGUGGUGAGCAGCAGCUCGAAGUUAAAGCCUCUGUUUAAAUGGCUGCACUGCACACGCAAAGUCAUGGACUUUUCGGACUUUUCGAGAACGGUUCGGCGCUCUCCAAACCUGUCCCCUACAGAGCUCAAGGGCAUCCGCGACCUGCUGGCCACCGUGCAGCGAAAGUUCGUCAGGUCAGUCCAGACGGCUAAUGGCCAGACUGUUCAUCACAUGGAACCGUCCUGCAUUCAGCACGUGCUGCCACCCGAUGACUCGGCGAAGGCAUCCACUUUUUCGCAACGCACCCUCACUUGGGUCUGCAUGCCGUUCUUUUCCCUUGAGAAGUACUCCGGCCUCCAAGAAGUCCCUCGAAACAUGCCUGCCUUCCCGAUAGAGACCCUGUUGCAGUCCAAGUUCUCGCGGGCUACACGCGAACGAGACAUGCAACAAGCCAUCUGCCAGAAUCAAGGCAAGGGUAUGCCUGCCGGGUUAUGCUACCACGUUGCGCAGAUUUGGUGUCUUGUUAUUGAUAACUCAUUCCUCUUUACCUACAGCCACAUGAGUGAGGAGAUGCUUGUCGGUGACGCCAUUGAAAUUGCGGAAAUACCCAUCCAGCAGAUGCCCAACACAGGACACCAGUCCGUCAUUACCGUAGCGUACAAGAGGGCUGUCCUAUGGUCCAUCCCGGUUGAGGAUUGCAAGACCUGGUUGGAGUUUCUUUCUCACUUCCGUGAUUUCUGGCCGCAGCGACUGUCCUUUUUCCGUCGAACACGCCCUGUCGAGGCAGAUGAUUGGCCUCGCAUCUGGAACCUGGCUCAACAUGUCCAGAAUCAUAUUACACUGGAGAUGCGGCUCAAGUACGUCCUCCCUUAUAUUCCCCUCUUACCGGUUUCCUCAUUGUUCCUAACCGUCAUAAGGCCUCCUGCUUUGCCACCGCCUGCUGGCGUUUUAGCCCCUCAACAGGAAGACACCGUCGCUGAAAUUUCUGUGACGCCUCUUCCAGCAGAAACGGCAGCUCCUGGACCAAGUCUCCCGGCAGCUAAAGUGGUAUCAGGGGCCCGAUCGAGCGCAACUACGCAAGGUCCAAUCAAGCCUUCCUCGUCAGCAGCAUCAGUAUCGACUGCAAUGCCUAUAUUCUCAUGCCUUACAGGUGUGACCCGUCCCGACCACAACACCAUCGAUGAAGAUGCUUUAGACGACCACUUGCGGGAAGCGGAGGAGUUUAUCUUGUCUGCCACCUCUUUCAGCGAUCGUCACGCCUACAAUGCCUGUCCCAAUUCUACCCGCGAUGAGAUCUCUGCCCAUCUCCAACAAGUGGGUGCAGAGCUUGCCAAAAUCACCGACCAAAAGUCUGUCCGCAGCCAGCUUUCCCAGCAGCGUUUUUACGAGAUACAGCUAGACGUUUUCAAUGCUGCCAGCAUGGUGUUUGCCUAUUUCUUUCCACCCGGGGUUAAUGUGCCAACAGUCCAGAAGUUCUGGGGCGCCGUCCAGAUUAUUGUUAACGCUGGCCUGCCCGUUGUCUCCACCUCGCAAGGUCCUGCGCCUCUCAACAUCCACUCUUCUCUGGACAUACGCUCAGAGCUGCAAAGACUUUGCACAGCGAUCCAGGCCUUUAGCGAAAUCUUUGCGCGCUCUAGUCAGCAGGAGCGGGCCAACAUAACCGUGCCUAAAGAAGUGCUCGGUAGCUGGAUACACCUGCUGAUGGGACUAAUUCACCAGCCCAGAGAUAUUGAACGCAGCGACCAGCUUAUUGGAGACGCCAGGCUUCUCUUCCACGGUAGUAUGGCCACCGUGGUGCGCUCCUUGUCGAAAGCAGAGCUGUUAGAGGCGUCAGUGGUAUUACCGCUAGAGCUGCUGUCACUCAUCGUUAGAAAGCUGGUGCAAGACAUGACUUUAGGCAUGCCUAGAGUUGACACAUGCUACUAUGAGAAGCUUGAAAAAAUGAACUCGGAAAUCACCUCUGAGGCGUCCGAUCGCUUCCGCGAAUACCGUAUUGGCCUGCUGAUGGAGGAGCUCGUAGCGGUGGAGCACGUCGUGGAUAUGCAAGUUGGUGUGUUCCAGUCCCUGAAAGACUUCCAAUGCAACUCGGAUACCCUCAACAAACCACCACGUCGGGCACAUUACACGCCAAGGCGGCCGGUCCCUGAAUUGUCGUACGACGACAGACGCUUGCCAUCUCCACCGCCAGCUACGUGCUAUACUAGCCGGUGGCGCUCAGAUCGGCGAAACUUCAACCGUGUUUCUGAUUACUACACUAAUGAUGUUCCAGAGUACGUUGCCCUAGGCCAGCCUGUCGACUUACGGCUGCUAUCGACAGACCCUAGUGGCUACCGGAGUUUGCUUUUGAACGACUGUCUCCAGUUCGUCGAAGGACGAAACUAUGACUUUACCAGCUUACGUGAAAGGGCAAAAGCGCUCGAAAGCAAGAACCGCAAUAAAAUAGACACGACCAAGGACCGCCAUGACAACGCAAUAUAUGCCUUUACCAUCGUCACCAUCAUAUUCUUGCCUUUAAGUGCCGUCGCCGGUAUCUUUGGAAUGAACACAAACGACGUCCGCAACAUGGAGCUAGACCAAUGGGCGUACUGGGCCACUGCUGUGCCCGUGACAGCCGUUGUCAUUUUUCUUGGCCUGAUGUGGACGGGCGAGCUAGGCAGCAUUAUGCAUUGGAUCCAAUCCUUUGGCAAGCACCAGCAGGGCUACAGGAUCCCACCUGACAGUCUGCGUGAGGAUGACGACUACGAGCAAUAUACUGCUUCACUACAGCCCGGCUACCGUUGA